AUGAACACCUCAAAGUGGCUUCCGAAGCAGCACCAGGAGGUCAUCAAGUUGUUCGAGCAAUCGCGCCAGCUGGAGCGCGAACUGCGGAUACUCGGCAAGAAGUUCGCCACGGAUAUCAACAUCGACCUACCGGAUUACUACGAAUUCGAACGGUUGCUACAACAAAGUCGCGAAUGCUUCGAACGGUCGGCCCACGUGCAGACGCGGCUCAUACGGAUGUCGGCGUCGUCAGCGGACAAGAAUGUGGAGCGAAGCUUCUUCAAGAUCCUGCUAAACCGGAAGGCUCACCUGAUACGGCAGAACUUGCGGAAGCGCAACUUGCAGCUAGUGUUCAUCAUCAACAAAAUGAUCAAGCUGAUGCUUGCCGCCACAUACACGUCCGAGAUUGUAGUCGAUGGUGCGCUGCUACUGUGUACGCUGCACAACGAGAGUGUCCUGCUGGCUCAAAAGACGACUCAGGCUCGCACGCAGACCAACGCGCAGAUUUGCAGCAAUUCGUUUCCACCACUUAUGUCCACACCGAAGAAGAUCGACGCAGGGCUGAUCCUGCAACUCAUCACCAAGCAGCGCGCUGAGGAGUGCUGCAGCACACUGAUCAACUGCCUGCUGACGACCUGCAAGGGUGCGCUGACGGUGACGAACGAAGAGGACGUCUCGGACACGUCGAGUGUGGAAAUUUUGCGCGCCCUGACGACGAACCUGCAGGGUCCGGAGGGUGGGAAGCACGUCGACCCGAUCCAGGAGGAGAUGAACAACAGGCGCAAGACGAGCGUUAACAUGAUAUCGAGCGGGGACAUUCACGCCCGCGGAAAAGCGACCCCAGGACGGAAGGUUGUCGUGACGCCGGUCGUGAAGCCGGAAUCACGGGAACCAGACGAAUCGGAGCAUAAUGAUCCUGCGAUAAGCUUUUUCGAUGAUAUGGCCGCCGAGGCGGUGGCGUACAAUUCCAUCAACUAUCUCGUCAACGAACCGGACGGUAUGGAUCUGCUGGAGAACCUGAUCGCCGACGAGGAGAUCUUCGUCGCCAACGUAAUCAUGAAGGUGAUCAAGUACUGCCCGUCGGCGUUCGAGCGAGAGCUCACGAAGCCGGAGCUUGUCAAGUGGGUUAACCGAGGCACGCGAGGACUCUGGACGCAAAUCGGAGGUUCUCUGGAGCACGUGGUGCUGUGGUGGAGCUCAUCUCCGUUGGCUUGCCGGCCGGCGACGUGCGCAAAGUAUCUGCGUGAAUGGCUUUCGUUGCUGCAACCGGACGAAGCCCCGGAACCGAUACUGUCCACGUUGAAGGGGUUGGGCGAAACGUUGACGGUGCACGUGACGAGCACGAUUUGGGACAAGCAGUUUCGCCUUGCCGUCGUUUCAUCCAGUCUGCCUGUGGAUUUUCCCUUCGAGGAGGGCGAGUUCUGUGGCAAGAAUGUUAACGUUGAAGGGACGGUUUGUGGUAAGGUUUGGAGUGAGUUGCUCUAUCAGUUGGUGCAGCUAUCGAACACCUGUGACAUCGGAACGAUCGCCAACGAACUGCCGCUGGUUGAGCAGAUUCCGGUGCUUCAUCGGCUGGAUCAUUCCAUCCAUUCGAUGCGCAUCUGGGCAGCGAAUCGGGCACGAUCCUUGUGCACCGAUUGGAACAUGAUGAUGUUCUUCAAGGUGGUUCACAACGACAUCGGCCUGUGUUUGGAACAGCUGCAGUACAUCCGCGUGCCCGAGCUGUCCGCCGACGAUCCGCUAGAGGUGCAGGUGCAAGUUUGUGUUGCCUUGCGCGCCAAGCUCGUAUCGGAGAUCAAGGAAAACAUCAUCAAGCUGAAAGCGACCUGCACGGAGUGCAUCGAUGUGUUAGCUGCAGUCUGCCGUACGACGAGUCUCGCGUCCCUGACGCUCUGCUUCCCAUACUUUAAGCAUUGGCAAACGGAGGUGUUGCAGGAGCGCGCUAAUGAGUACGUGGCGUACUUCUUCAACCAAAUCUAUCUGCCCGUCAUCCAGGCGACGAAGGACAUCGAAAUACUAAAGCUGACGCUAAAGAUCAUCUGCGAGGCAUGGCUGGAUCAUAUCUACAUGAAAAAGACCAGGUUCAGCAGUGCGGGUGCCCUAAAUUUGCUGAAGGAUUUUGACGGUGUCGCCGAGUGGAUAAUCGCUUGCGAACCACUAGGCGAGCGGUUACGGGAAACUUUGUCCCAUCACGAGGUACUCCGCAUGUGCGAGGGCGUAGGCAAACUGUUGCUUCGGAAACCCGAGGAGACGAUUUCCAUCCUGCCAAGCCCCUCGAAAGCGGGCAAAAAGAGUGAUGAUACUGCCGAUGAAAAAGCACCACUGCCACCGGAAAUGUUUGUUCCGAACCAAAAGCGCUGGCUGGAGUUGCGUGCCCGUGAUAGAAGGACAGUGAAUCUCAAUUGCUUGUGCCUCUGUGCGGGAAUGGAUGUGUACUAG